CGCUGGAGACAGAGACGGAGAAAAAAAGGGGGGUGGUUCGGCGUUUUACACGGCGGCAUUGUUGACUUUUCUGUCGGAUUUGCAGCUCACACGCAGACGUUUCCUUGCCGCAUUGAACGGGAUGUCGACGCCGUUUUAACUCCGGAUACAUUUCCACUCUGAGAGGUGUGGGCCUCUUCCUCCUGUUCUUGUGAAUGCCUCUCACCAUGGCUAAGAGGGAGACGGGCAGCACCAGCCCUGUGGUGCGACAGAUAGACAAGCAGUUCCUGGUCUGCAGCAUUUGUCUGGAGCACUACCACAACCCAAAAGUUCUGCCCUGCCUGCACACCUUCUGCGAGAGAUGUCUUCAGAACUACAUCCCGCCCCAGUCACUCACACUCUCAUGCCCAGUGUGCAGGCAGACCUCCAUCCUGCCUGAGAAAGGUGUAGCAGCGCUGCAGAAUAACUUCUUUAUCACUAACCUGAUGGAGGUGCUACAGAGGGAGGCUGAGUGCACUCAGCCCGAGGAGCGCAGUGUCCUCGAGUCAGCCAGCGCCGCCACCUCGGCCCAGCCGCUCUCCUGUCCCAAUCACGAGGGCAAGGUGAUGGAGUUUUACUGCGAGUCAUGCGAGACGGCAAUGUGCCUCGAGUGCACGGAGGGAGAACACCGCGAACACGUCACCGUACCUUUGCGGGACGUUCUCGAGCAACACAAAGCGGCGCUCAAGAACCAGCUGGACGCCAUUCGAAACAGACUUCCUCAGCUGACUGCAGCGAUCGACGUCGUGAACGAGAUCUCCAGGCAGCUGUGCGAGAGGAAGAGUGAGGCAAUAAAUGAGAUCAGCAGCACGUUUGAGGAGCUGGAGAAAGCGCUGCGCCAGCGCAAGAACACUCUCAUCACUGACCUGGAGAACAUCUGUAGCACCAAGCAGAAGGUGCUCCAGUCCCAGCUGGCUUCUCUCCUGCAAGGCAAAGAGAACAUCGAGAGCAGCUGCAGCUUCACCGAACAGGCUUUGAGCCAUGGCAGCGCCACCGAGGUGCUGCUGGUGCAGAAGCAGAUGGGAGAGAGGGUGGCUGCGCUGGCGCGCCACGCUUUCCCCGAGCAACCGCACGAAAACGGGCACCUGGAGUGCCAAGUGGAGACCGAGGGCCUCCGUCGCUCCAUUCAGAACCUGGGGGUUCUGAUCACCACUAGUGCUGUGGGUCACACCAGCGUGGCUACAGGAGAGGGACUACGACACGCCGUGGUGGGACAACUCACCACGGUUACGGUUACCACCAAGGACAAGGCUGGAGAGUUGGUGAAGACCGGCAGUGCGGCUCUCGUUGCUCAGAUCGCAGGACCUGACGGCUCAGUCACUCGUGCUGAGGUGACGGACAACAAGAACGGCACAUACGAGGUCGGUUACACGAUGUCCAACGAGGGCGAGUUCUCCUUCUCGCUGCUACUGUACGGCCAGGCCGUGAGAGGAAGCCCGUUCCGCCUGCGCGCCGUCAAACCAAGCGACGCCCCGCACUCCCCCGAAGACGUCAAGCGACGCGUGAAAUCUCCCGCGGGUGGAGGAGGAGGGGCUCACGUCCGCCAAAAAGCACUGCGCCGUCCCGCCAGCAUGUACAGCACCACCAAGAAGAAGGAGAACCCCAUCGAGGACGAGCUCAUCUUUAGAGUGGGUGGUCCAUUCGUGUUUGUGUGUUUUUAGGGUCGAGGGCGUGAGCGUGGCGAGUUCUCCAACCUCCAGGGCAUCUCCACAUCUUCUAAUGGACGGAUUGUUGUGGCCGACAGCAACAACCAGUGCAUACAGGUGUUCUCUAAUGAUGGUCUGUUCAAGCUUCGCUUCGGGGUCAGAGGUCGUUCCCCAGGCCAGCUGCAGCGUCCCACCGGUGUGACUGUAGACAUGAACGGAGACAUCAUCGUAGCAGACUAUGACAACCGAUGGAUCACCAUCUUCUCUUCCGAUGGAAAGUUUAAAAGUAAAAUUGGAGCAGGAAAGCUGAUGGGACCCAAAGGAGUAGCGGUGGACAAAAACGGCCAUAUCAUUGCUGCGGACAACAAAGCCUGCUGUGUCUUCAUCUUUCAGUCCAAUGGAAAGCUGGUGACCAAGUUUGGCGCCAAAGGGACGUUAGACAGGCAGUUUUCAGAUAAAAUUACUCCAACCACUCCAACAGAGCCAAAGCUCGGGAAAUCAGGCCCUGCCUUCAGUCCUCAUUUUGUAGCUGUGAACAACAAGAAUGAAAUAAUCGUGACAGACUUCCAUAAUCACUCUGUUAAGGUUUAUAAUGCAGACGGAGAGUUCCUGUUUAAGUUCGGUUCUCAUGGAGAAGGUAAUGGCCAGUUUAACGCUCCUACAGGAGUGGCGGUGGAUGGGAACGGGAACAUUAUUGUUGCUGACUGGGGUAACAGCAGGAUACAGGUGUUUGACAGCUCGGGUUCGUUCCUAUCGUACAUCAACACCACGGCAGACCCGCUGUACGGCCCUCAGGGUCUGGCUCUGACCUCCGAAGGACACGUGGCCGUGGCAGACUCGGGGAACCACUGCUUCAAAGUGUACCGUUACCUGCAGUAGGAAUCCCAUCAUUCAGCAAAGUAUUGUACAUGUGUACUAGGUUUAUUUCUUUUUUGUUUGCACAUCAAAAAGGCCACAAACAUGACCCUGAUUCGAGUGUAAUAAAAGCCCGAGCAGGGUCUGGCGUCAAACCCUCGCCGCUUUUGCACCGAUUUGAAUCGAUUGUGAUUUUAUGAAUUAAAUAAAAAAAAUAAAAACACGCACCACCAACAAAUGAGAGUAAUAACAAUCGCAGCACUCUGAUCGGUGUUUGCGAAGGCAGCUACUCUUCAGCUUUCACACUUUAUCGACGUGUCAGUCCUCAAGGAUCCGACCGUUAAAUUCUGACCUUUCCAGUGGCAUGAAAUUUCCUGAAUGAUCAAGAAGACGUACUGUGAAAACAAGCCAUUUUCUAACCGAACAACUCUGUGCAUCGACUUGUUGCGCAGUACGUUAGCGCGUUCCUAUCAUACGGUGUGCUUUUUUUUGUUUCUUUUGCACCACUUUAUAAGUAUGAAGCUUCAAAUGUCAGCAUUUUGGCUCUUAAUGCACAGGUAGAGGACACGCAGCUUAUAGACCUGACGCUCAUCCGCGUUACAGGUGUGUGAGCGUAUCUGACAGGGGUGUCGCCCACAAACGGCACGACUCUAGUGAGUAGCAGUGAAGGUUUGGGUUUUAAUUUAUUUUAUUUUGUACGCAGUGUUAUGAUUUACAGUACUCUAUUUUUUUUUUUCAUUUUUGUAAUGUAACGUUUAUCUGCAAAUGCCUUGACAUACAGUAGACGCUACUGCAUGAACCGCUUCAGCGUAGGAAGCGAACAUAUUGCCAAACAUAUCUCCGUUUGUGCCAAGAGGACAAGAUUAUAGGAGGUGCCGACAGUUUUGCUUCUAAUCUAAGUAGCAAAAAUCCCAGAAUUUCUCAUGUUGCCAUUAGCCAGACUGUUUAUGGGGGUUGAUUUUGUGCCAAAAGUACCAAAAUGGCAAUAUUUAUACAUAUCGCUCAAAUAAUAAUGAAUAAAUAAUAAAUAAACCCCCACCCCCGGAUAUCGCAGGAGUUGUCGCUCAGUGGAUAAGAUGUUGAUCAGAAGGUCAUGGGUUCAAAUCCCAGCACCACCAACCUAUUAAAUAGUCCUAAUGAGAAGAUGUUCAAUCCACAAACUCCACAAAGCGAUCUACUGUAUAUAUUUAUUCAAGGAUGUUAAAAUGAUCUACUGGUGUAGGUGAGGUGGAGUCCUGGGUUGCAGUCAGCGUUCGCAUUCAUCACAGAGGUGUGCAGUAGGGUUGCUCUUUAGAGCUCCAAUCAAGAUCUUCCACUCCAACUUGUAUAAAGCAUAUCUUCAUGGAGCUGGCUUUGUGCCCUGAAACAUCAUCAUACUGGAUCAGGUUCGGGUUUCUUGGUGCAAGUGAAGGAAAAUGAAAUGCUAACAAAUAGGAGGACAUUGUACACAAUUGUGUCUCCAACUUUGUGGUUACUGUUUGGGGAAGAAGCACAUAAGGCUAGAAAAGUCCUACGUUUAUGACAUUUUGGCAGACGUCCUUUUGUUUUUAAAGCGACUCAUAACUGAGCAGUGAAGGGUUAAGGGCCUUGCUUGAGGGCCCUACAGUGGCAGCUUGGUGGUGCUGGGAUUUGAGCUUCAGAAAUCCAGUGUCUUAACCACUUCCAAAAAAGUGCAGGUGUCCCAAUGUUGUCUAUCAGUAUAGUGUAUUUGCUGGGUAUAUUUUAUCAGGAUAAUGUAUAUUAUGUGGUUGCAAAUGUAAAUUUAUUUGCUCCUUUUGGCACAUAAUCAACUCCAGUAUCUGAACACAUGAACCAGGCAUUUCUUUUUAUUUCUUUAUUGAAGACUUUAUAUUGCAUUAGUGAUCAGUUUCCUCUCCAAAGCAUCCAGCUGUUACUGUACUGUGCAUUAAUAUAAACGAUACACCCCCCUACCCUCAUUCAUUCUGAAGUCAUGUGACAUUUCUACACCAUCUAAAGCAGGGUGGAUACAUUUCAAAUAAUGCUGUUCUGCUAUGUAAUUAUGUUUUAAUCACAAUGAUUGUGUGACUCAAAGUACUACCAUUUACUUCCUGUUCAUUCCCCAAGCUGGAGUCUCAUGACUACCUUUUUAAAGAGAAGCAAGCUUUCAAAACUUCUGCUGUGCUGUUCCACAAACCCUCAUUUUGUUCUUGGUCAUCUGCACUGAAAAUAAAAGCACACACUUUACUGA